AUGGGCUUCUCUAUGAGAAGAAGAUGGGCGGCAUCCGCUACGCUUUCCUUUUGCGUCCUAUUGAAAUGCGCCACCUGCCAGACAGAAUCAGAUUUCAGGAUUGAGAACCCCGGUUUUGGAGUGUCUAGUUGCGACGACACGAGCAGCAUGGCGCUGCUUCCAGACAAACAUUUCGGAUCAAACUGCGGAGACAAAAACGAGAUCCCGCAGCUUACUUGGAAUGAUGCUCCGUUUGAUACCGGUUCCUUUGCCGUAAUUGUCACCGAUACGUCGUCGAACAAAAUGCCCUUUGCAAAUCUCAUCGUGUGGGAUAUUCCUCUGUCCGUCACUAGCAUAGGACCGCAAACGAAUUUCUCCACUAUCGGGGCGGUCAGCGGCACUAACGACACCGGCAAUAUUGGAUAUAGCGGCCUAUGCCCGGAAAAACAAGCUUGUGUCAAGGUUUCUGUAUACGCUCUAAGACCAUCAUCUUUGGGGCUAGCAAGCUCGGCCACCUACACGGAGCUACACAAGAAACUGCUAAAACUCUCGGAGGACGGAGGUAAGCAUCCACGACCCACCCCAACUCGUUCAGCGAAAAAAAUCAAAACUGACUGCAGAGCUCGUUGA